AUGACUGACCUGCACAGCGCCUCCACUCAGGCACUCUGGAACAGGAAGCUGACAGUGUUGCGGCAGGAGCAGCCAUUCUCCCAGCGCCUGCGCGCGACCCCCGUGCUCUGGGCCUGUCGCUGGGAGCUCCCCCACUGCACCGAGAGUCUCCGAGCCCCCAGCCGCAGCCACAGUGCCCCCCUGCACCCCUCUCCUUAUUGCUGCCCUGGCGCCGGAGUCCGGCCUGACCCGAACCUCCACCGGGCCGAGCUGGCCCCGAGCCACCUGCCCAUGCCAGGCCCUGGGGACGCAGAGCCCUACCUGGCAGUAGUUUGGGAUGAGCAUCUCACAGGACCAAAUAGCUUGCUUGCACAGUGCUCACUUCUAAAGGAACAUGAGGUGGAGAAAAUGUUCACACUCAAAAGAAGCCUCUUGCCAGCAGCCGAUGUCAAGAAUAUCAAUUUUUUCGUCAGACCCCGGCUAGAACUGAUGGAUAUAAUGGCUGAAAAUGUGCUUAGUGAAGACAGAUGUGGCCUCAUAAGAGAUUUCCACAUCUUGUUUGUGCUUCAGCGUCGCCUGCUGUGUGAGCAGCGGCUAAAGGACCGGGGCGUCCUGGGCUCCUUCAUCCACAGGGAGGAGUACAGCCUGGACCUCAUUCCCUUCGACGGGGACCUUCUUUCCAUGGAGUCGGAGGGCGCCUUCCGAGAGUGCUACCUGGACAGCGACCAGACGAGCCUGUACCACGCGGCCAAGUACCUGAUGACGCUGCAGGCCCUGUACGGGACCAUCCCCCAGAUCUUCGGGAAGGGCGAGUGCGCCAGGCAAGUGGCCAAUAUGAUGAUCAGGAUGAAGAGAGAGUUUGCAGGAAGCCAGAAUUCAGUAUUUCCUGUUUUUGAUAACCUCUUGUUGCUUGAUUGAAAUGUGGAUUUAUUAACGCCCCUUGCGACUCAGCUGACAUACGAGGGACUCAUCGAUGAAAUCUAUGGCAUCCAGAACAGUCAUGUAAAGUUGCCGCCCAAGAAAUUCGCCCCGAAGAGGCAGGGUGACGGGCAGGACCUGCCCACAGAGGCCAAGAAGCUGCCGCUGAACUCAGCUGAGGAGCUCUACGUCGAGAUCCGAGACUGCAACUUCAACGCCGUGGGCGCCGUGCUCAGCAAGAAGGCCAAGGUCAUCUCGGCCGCCUUUGAGGAAAGGCACAACGCCAAGACGGUGGGCGAGAUCAAGCAGUUUGUCUCCCAGCUACCCCACAUGCAGGCGGCGCGGGGCUCCCUGGCCAACCACACCUCCAUCGCCGAGCUCAUCCAGGACGUGACGACAUCUGAAGACUUCUUUGAUAAGUUAACCGUGGAGCAGGAGUUUAUGUCCGGAAUAGACACCGAUAAGGUCAACAGUUAUAUCGAGGACUGCAUCGCCCAGAAGCAUCCACUCAUCAAGGUGCUCAGGCUCAUUUGCCUGCAGUCGGUGUGCAACAGUGGGCUCAAGCAGAAGGUUCUGGAUUAUUACAAAAGAGAAAUUCUCCAGACAUACGGCUACGAGCACAUCCUGACGUUACAGAACCUGGAGAAGGCCGGGCUGCUGCGGCCCCAGCAGGGGGGCAGGAACAGCUACCCCACCAUCCGGAAGACCCUGCGCCUCUGGAUGGACGAUGUGAAUGAGCAGAACCCGACGGACAUCGGCUAUGCCCCCCUCAGCAUGCGGCUGGCCCAGCUGCUCUCCCGGCCUGGUUGGUGCAGAAUCGAGGAAGUUCUGCGCAUUCUCCCGGGCCCCCACUUUGAGGCGCAGCCGCUGCCCACGGGCCUGCAGAAGAAACGUAGGUUUGUCUCCUUGUUCAGGGGAGAAAAUGCCUCUGCCAAGUCCUUGCAUUCAGUUUUUCAGUCCCUGGAAUCUGACAAGGUGAAGCUGGAGCUCAAGGUCAAAAUCUUGGAGCUUCAACUCAAAGAGAACAAAAGCUGGCUGCACAGGAGGGUGAACUUGGGCACCUGCCUGGAGCAUGGGCUCGCGGCCAUGGGCAAGCCGAAGGCGGCCGUGAGCUGGGGCGUGGGCGCCGAGGCGGCCGAGCUAGCCAAGCUCAAGAUGUAG